AUUUAAGAUUUGAGCCAUCAAAACUGGACAUGAAUGUUUACUUAGCACUGGUGAAUGUGACUGUACCUCACACAUAUCCUAAUGUCAUUGCUUUCAAAAAACUUGUAGAAAGUUAUUCCGAGUCUGUCAGAAAAAGUUGGAAAACACCGAUCAGAUUAAGGCGACAUUGGCCAUGGGGCCAAGAACAUGAAUCCAGUCCUCUGAUUGGUGGAAGAUCUGAUGUGAAAGCUUACAAUAUCUCGCAAUCUCUUUCGCCAACUUUUGAAAGGAGUAGAGUAUUUUCAUCUGGUAGCAAUGCUCGAGACAUUAAAGAAAAGUUGUUUAUUGACGCUACAUGAGUUCAUCUGAAUCUAUCGUAUAACGGUUAUGAUGCUUACCUGCCCAUUCCAAUUGAAUUUAACAGUGGCGGAUCCAUUCCUUUACCUUUUGUGGGGUCCAGUGACUGUUCUCCCUAGAGACUUAACAGUUUUAGCCGUUUUAAUAUCUCAUCUUAAAAUUCAAACCCUCUCAUCUCAAAAUAAACCCUUUUACCACUGCCUGAAUCUGCAAGGCAAUGGUGGUCAUAAAUAAGGGUUAGAGGGACAAAUAUAGUUUUUGAUUAAAUACUGAUGGACACACUAAUAUUUUUUGUUUCCAGUGUUUCCAAAAACCUUCAUGCACUGCUUUUAUUCCACAUUAUGCUCAGUUUUAAUAUUACUUUUUACAGAUUAUUGGUGCCUGUAUUGUGUUUUGAUAUUUGUUAUAUAAAACCAACUUUUUUUUUAAUGACAAAAUAAUUUGACCCUUGGAUGUUGUGUUGUAACCCAUUGGAUGUGGACACAAUAAAUCUGAUGUUUGUUGGCCUAUGUAUUUAGAGCACUUUGAAAUACCUUACAACAUAAUGUUGAAAAUGGCUAGGUAUUGAUUACUGGUUUGUGUCACCUGAUAUUUGUUGGACUAUGUAUUUAGAGCACUUUGAAAUACGAUACAACAUAAUGUUGAAAAUGGCUAGGUAUUGAUUACUGGUUUGUGUCACCAUUAUGAUUUUGUUACAUAAUCAUGAUGUAAUUCAGUUAAUAAAACAACAACCAUCACCGUUUGAAAUAUUUACAUUUGAUGAUGAUGAUUUUAUUAUAACUUUUUUUAAAAUAAAUAUAUAAAUCGUGUUGAGGAAGGAAAUCUUGAUAUGAGUGUCCGGAACUUUACUCAGUCAGCCCCAACUAUGGUGGGGCUGAGCUUAAUGUCGACUCACCAACCAUACUCAGACCGAGGUGGAUGUGGACUCGGCCUCUAGCCAGCAAAACCUAACUUGAAAGCUAAAAAUGUCUAACACCACACAUUACACCACCCCCCCCCCCCCCCCCACUCCACUCAUUGCUUUGCAUUUCGCCCUUGCCUGCUAUGUCCUUAAGAUUGGUACUGGCCAAAAAUUCUUUCAACAAAUCAACUGUCAGCUCUGGAUUACUGCACAAAUCCAGUUUUAAAUGCUUUGGACCUGUUGCUUAUAAUGGCUAAGAUUUAACACUCUCUACUACUGCUAGUAUUCACCUACCACGCCCAUACACAAUUCAGCACCUUACCAUUUAUCUAUAAAUAAUGAUUUUUAGUAAGAAAGGGUGUUUCUAACAAACUAAAGUUUGCUAGAAUAAUUUUAUAGGUGUAACUUUAUUGGAAGUGCCUUGAAUUUCUGAUCCAAGCAGCAAAGCUGGUUGUUUCAUUUUUAAUUAUUAAAGAAUCGUGCAGCUCGUUUUUGAUUAAAGAGGUUGAUAUGUUUUCAACAGUAGACGCCAAGAUAAAGUAGGAUAAAUUAUUGUGUAAUGCGAACCUAUUUGAUCGGACACAGUUUGUAUCUUAUUUACAAAUACUAACAGGAUAUUGAAUAUUGGUAAAGUGUACUUGCUGAAUGUAUUGUAAUUAAAGUAUUGCCCACACAAUUUAUAUUUAACUUUAGUAAGAUAAAGGAGGAAAUGCUUAUGUUAGUUACUGGUAUGUGUUGACGGCAUCGGGUUACAUUAUUUAAUGACGAUAUUAUUACAGUAUUUUAAGUUAAUAAAAUGGUCAUCACCAUGCAGAAACACAGUCAAUAAAACCACAACAAUAAUGUACGUACAUGCAAACGAACUAAGCAAAGAUGACGAAACACUGUAAGCAGGAGUCGUCAGUCUUUAAGGAAGUCGGGAAGGAGGAAACGGUUGGCAAAGUCGUGCUUGAGAUACAAGUAUUAGAAAAACUAAGCACUUAUUGUUUGCAACAGUAUGCUAUUCUACUCAUUCAUAAUGGUACCAGUCGCAUUCAUGAUGAACGUACAUGCCGAUGAAUGCCCAAAUUCAUGGUCGUUGUACGAAGACAGAUGCUACAUGGCGAUUCAUGAAGAAAUGACGUGGGAUUAUGGUCAGGUACAUUGUGAAUCUAUGCAAGCUCAUCUAGUGACGAUUACGUCGGUUGAUGAAAAUGAGUUUGUUCGUGACUUAUUUUCAGGAUGCCUUUUCUCAUUCUGGAUUGGUUACAAUGACAAAAUCACGGAAGGCAAUUGGGAAUGGGUCACUGGUGAACCUAAAGUAUUUGAAGAUUGGCCAUAUGGUGAACCGAGCAAUCAAGAGGAGGACUGUGCAUGGUUACUUGCUUACUGCACCUUCUUUGGUAUGGCUGAUCAUUGGGACGAUAAGCAAUGUGAUAGACCUAUGGCAACAGUAUGUGAAAAAGGUACUACGUCAUUAACGACACAGAGUGCAACCAGUAAACAGAUUACUACUGCAUUAACGACACAGUUUUCAACACUGGACACCACAACAAGUGCAACAAGUAAGCAAAUUACUACAGCAUUAACGACACAGUUUUCAACAUUGGACACCACAAAAAGUGCAACCAGUAAACAAAGUACUACAGCAGCAUUAACGACACAGUUUUCAACAUUGGACACCACAACAGGUACAAGUAAGCAAAUUACUACAGCAUUAACGACACAGUUCUCCACCUUGGAUACCACAAUAAGUACAACCAGUAAACAGA